CUUUUGAUCUCUCUCUUUUUUCCCUUCUUUUUUUCCUUUUUGUCCCUCCUUUCUUUGGCUAGUUGUGCGUUUGUUCAUGGCGGAGGUUGCAGCAAGAAUGGCACCUCCUACUUUCUUUUUUUCUGGUUAUUCACGGCAUCGUGAUGUGGAUUAUGGCAGAAGGCCCGUGAAGAUACUGAUAGAUCCAGUAAAGCAAAAAAAGCGACAUGCUGCAUUAGCUUCCUCUGCUUCUGCACAAGAUUUGAGACUUUUAGACAUGGAAAAGGAAAAACUCGAUGAGUCAUCCCCAAGAGGAGUAAUAGAAGCCUGCAUCAGAAGCUUGGAACCAGAAGCAGAACCUCCCAAGGAAAAAAGCGAGGAACAGGAAACUCACUGCUCAAAUUCAAGGGCACUUUCUCACUGGAUCAAAUUUUUCACUUUGUGGAAGAGAAAAUCAAUCAAACGGUUAGCCUCUUUUCCUCCCCUUGCCGUGCCGAAACUAUCCAAGAGAAAGAGCAGGAGCAUUACAGAGAACAUAACUCCUGUGUUGAGUGAUAUAUACAACUUCAAGUCCUCGUUGGUGCAUUUCACCUUUUCUGAACUACAAAUGGCAACCAACUACUUUAGCCACGAAAACUUAAUUGGCAAGGGUGGAUAUGCUGAAGUAUACAAGGGGUGUCUAAAAAACGGACAGUUGGUUGCGGUGAAGCGGCUGAACAAAGGAACAGCAGAUGAAAGGAUCGCAAGUUUUCUAUCUGAAUUGGGCACCAUUGCCCAUGUAAAUCACCCUAACAUUGCUAAGUUGAUUGGGUGCGGAGUGGAAGGAGGAAUGCACAUCGUAUUUCAAUUAUCUGCUCUAGGAAGUUUAGGAUCUGUUCUUCAUGGAUCAAAGGCUAAUCUAGGAUGGGAUAAAAGAUAUAAAAUUGCCCUAGGAACCGCAGAUGGUCUUCUUUAUCUUCAUGAAAGUUGUCAGAGGCGAAUCAUCCACAGAGAUAUCAAGGCUGAUAACAUCCUUCUUGCCGAGGAUUUCGAACCUCAGAUAUGUGACUUUGGGCUUGCCAAAUGGCUACCAAAACAGUGGACUCACCACAAUGUGUCCAAAUUUGAAGGAACAUUUGGCUACUUUGCCCCUGAGUACUUCAUGCACGGGAUAGUGGAUGAGAAGACUGAUGUAUAUGCCUUUGGGGUUCUGCUUUUGGAGCUCAUUACCGGGCAAAAAGCAUUGGAUCAUCUAGGAAGAAGCGUAGUUCUUUGGGCAAAACCUCUUCUGGAUGACAAUGUUAUUGAGGAUCUCAUUGAUCCUUCCCUUGGUGAUGAUUACAACUCCGACGAAAUGGAUCGUGUGAUAAUGACUGCUUCGUUGUGUAUUGAGCAGUCUCCUAUUCUACGUCCUCGAAUGAAUCAGGCAAGCCUGUUUCCCGAGACUCGCGUCGCCAUAUUGCUGAGAGGAGAAAGUUUCAUCUCGGAGUGUACAGAAGAAGGUCAGAGGCGUUCCCUCCAGAGAACCUACUCCGAAGAGCUCCUGGACGCGCAAGAAUACAACUCGACGAGGUAUUUGAGCGAUCUCAAACACCACAAGGAGGUGGCUUUGAGCUCUUGACACCAACCGUUCACAUCACAUCACAUAUUUGACCAAUUAGCAUUAGUUAAAUAGAACUUUUUUUCCGAGCCGGAGAGUGUUUAAGAGUCCCCUAGUAAUGUGAUGGAUUUUGUGCUGUUAUUUCAUGGCAUAUGAGCCCAUUUAUGAUCUUCAACACACAGGCCCUGGGUGAGGUCCCGGAUCAUAGUGAAUCCUAAUCCGUCAUUUAGUUCUUAUACGGGAAUAUGAUUCUCUCCAGUCAAAUUCCCGGAAAUACAUGAGAUGAAACUAUUUCUUGAGGACACUUAACUCUCCCUAGGCUCUUACAGACUUUUCCUUUUGUGUAUAUAUGUCUCAAUUAGGACAUGUGGGAUAUUGUAAUAUGAAGCUGUGGUGUAACUUAUCAGAACAUAGAGAACAGGAUUUUGAGCAAA